AUGGUUUUCGCCAAGAGCGACGGGAUCAUGGCCGCCGGGCCGCCGCAGGAGGACCGGCUGAGCGACCUCCCCGACAGCGUCCUCAGCCACGUGCUCUCCUUCGUCAGCGCCCAAGAGGCCGCGCGCGCCGCCGUGCUCUCCCGGCGCUACCGCCACGGCUUGGCCAGCGUCCACACCCUCUCCUUCGUGCAAGAGCAGGGAUCGAGCAGCACGGACGCCGGCAGCAACGACGCCAACUACCGGGAAAACGUCGAGAAGAGCCGCAACGAGGGCUUCGUCGCCCUCGUCGACGCCGCGAUCUCUGGCCGCCGCCUGUGCGGCGGCGGCGGCGAGCCGGGGCUGCGCGCCUUCCGCGUCGCGUUCGACUCGUUCCACCACUCCCUCGCGGGCGACGUGGACCGGUGGCUCUCCGCGGCGACGCGCGGCGGCGGCGCCGCCGCCGUGGAUGAGAUCCACGUCGACGCUCGCCGGCAGGAGCAGUGCGUGUGCGCUCGCGAACGACCCGAAUGGUACUACUCUAACAGUUCGGGCGUGCAGGUGGAACACAAGGAUGAGUCCGACGGCGACGACUUUCGCAACCCGAACACCCGCGAUCGGGCGUACCGCGUCCCGAGGUGGCUCUACCACCUGGCUCCAAACCUUGAAGUCCUGACGCUGCUGAUCCUGCCGGAUCUGGAUGAGAUCCCGAGGUACCAAGCCGCGGUCAUCUGCGACCCCAAGGUCGGAGUGCUGGAACUGCCCGAUGCGCUGCCUGUGAUCCCGUGCUUGCGAGACAGAGUUCGGGAGAUCAAUGUCGUGCACUACCAGGGGCGAGUGGCGCAGAGGACUCUGCUCAAGCUGCUGCUUUGCAUUGGGUCGGCACUGGAGGAACUAUAUGUGGUGUUUCCGAAGGGGAAGUACGCCGUCCAAUCCAUGCUGAUGGGCGAGAUCGAGAGCUGGGUCAUGGACCGGCAUGUCAAAGUAGUGUUUGCAUGA